AUGCGUACGGUGGUUGGGGCCGCUGUGGCUCAUGGUGAAAGGAAAGAAGCCUUCGCGGCGCAGUUACUUAUUAGAAAAUACCAGCAAAUACUACAAAGCGACUCCACAAAUUCCGCAAAAGAUCUCACUUUUCGAGAGACGCAAGGCGAGUUUACAAGGAAACAUACUACUUACAUGCCUCCUUCAUCAGUAGUAUCACCGUUACAAUGGCAGUCGACAGAAACUACUCACAAGGUUGCUGAAAAUUCUUCGACAGCCCACGAUCGGUUUCGCCCUUCUUGGGGCUCAUCUGGUAGACGCAGUCCCCGAGUUUCCGUCAACCUUAUUUUCUACUUGAACUCAAAUGGGACUGGUUGUGACAAAUACCCUCAGUUGUGUUCAUUCGAUUUGAAAGCGGUUGUUACAAGACAGUUAUGGAUGGAUACAACUGUUAUGGACGCAAGCGAAAACGAGAAGGGUGGGGGAAGAAAUAAAACCUACUUUUCCGAUCGUGUUUCUGUUUGGUUGAAAUUCAAGACAUCAGACGGCUGUUUUUUUUAA